AUGUCCGAACGUCAAGCGAAUGAAGUUCUACUCCAAGCUGAAAAAAAGUUGAAUGGCUGGUCAUGGUUUGCAAGCAGCACCAGCAAACAGGAAGAAGCAGCCGAAUUAUAUGAAAAAGCCGGUAAUACAUUCAGGCUGGCACAGGGAUGGUCCGAGGCCGGCAAGUGUUUUCUAAAGGCAGCUGAACUUUACCGAAAAACUCCAGAUCUACUAUACGAGGCUUCAAAAGCAUAUGAACAUGCUGCAAAGUGCUUCAAAAAGAACGAUAGCCAAGCUGCUAUCGAUGCUCUCCAAGAGGCAACUGUGAUCGAUAAGAACGGGGCACAUUUUAGAAAUGCCGCUAAACAUCAUCAGGAAAUGGCAGAAAUUUAUGAGUCUGAUAUUGUUGAUCUUGAAAGAGCAAUGGAGCACUGGGAAGAGGCUGCUCAAAUGUAUAUUGCUGAUGAUUCCCAGGCAAUGGUUAAUAAGUGCUUGUUAAAAGUAGCUCAUUUUGCUGCACAACUAGAACAGUAUAAAGCGGCUAUAGAAAAGUUUGAGACUGUUGCAACAGCUUCUAUGGACAAUCCACUGACCAAAUGGUCCCUCAAAGAAUAUUUCCUAAAGGCUGGUCUUUGUCAUUUCUGUAUUGGGGAUAUGGUCAGUUCUCAUCAGGCGCUUGAAAAGUAUUGCAACCUGGAUGUUACCUUUGAAAGUACACGUGAAUACCAGUUUUUACAGGGUAUUCUGGAAUGUAUUGAAGAAGACGAUACCCAAUUGUUCACUCAAAAAGUCUAUGAAUUCGAUCAAAUGACAAAACUCGAUAAUUGGAAGACCAGCAUUCUACUCAAGAUCAAGAAAUCUAUAGAUGAGCCUUCUUUACUCUAG